AUGGUGGCAUCUCGCACCGAAGCACGCUUCAGCACAUACUCCGGCGCACCGUCUCUGCAACCCUCACUGGCCGCCACACUCGAUACACAGACUACAUCUGCUCGAUCAUCACGACAGCCAGGCUCCGUCCGAAACAGUCAGCAGACUCAGUACUCCACGAUGGGCGAAAAGGACAGCAUGACCUACACCCACAACGACCCAGCUGCCAUGGCGUCAACAUCCACACUCAACUCCUCAGACCCAAAGACUCAAGACAUCAAGAGCUGGUCCGGCACCCUGGAGCGCAUGCAAGACGAGCGACUCGAUAAGCAGCGCUACGUCAUGAGCGGCAACAAGAGCGAAGAAGUCAGCAAGAUCGCCCUAGGCGCCAAAGUCGAGAGAGCGCUCGCACGACGGAUGACGGGCCAGGACGCCACGUUCACGCGCAAGAAGAUGGUGGAUAGUGAGAAGAGGAGUCUUGAGGUCGAGGCGAACUAG